CCACAGCACACAGUGGGAAACCAGCCCAAAGGACCCCGCACGCUUUUCUCUCUCCAUAUUCCAAAUUUCCCAAUUGUCAGAUUUCACUAUUCGCGUUAAGCGGCGAGGCGAGAAAGUAAAGCCCCAUCCAUGGAUGAGAGUGAAUUCCGGCAGCUCCUGGACCUCUUCCCCGUCGUCCGAUCCCGUGAUUAUCACGCAGACUUCUAUUCUUCAAGACAAUCAACUCGGUCUGGAACAAGUGAGGAGGUAAAUGAAUGGCAUGAUGCAUGGAAUACUGAGGAUAACAGAGAAGCAUUUUGGGGAAAACUAAAAUCAGUUGCUGAGCAGAAGAUGGGCGAGGCUGAUGCAGAAAGAUUUUGCAAGGCAUUUCAACAAGUUUAUAAGAAACUUGUGUAUGAGGAGUUGUCAUUGGAUGCUGCUAGGAGUUUUAUAAACUCGAGGACUUCCUGAAGACAAUUGUUGCUUUCACGCUGUCCUAGUUCGUGCAACACCAAAUUAGAACCAUGCCACUGUGAUACACUUAUUUUGUUGUCAGAAGGUUUUAAUUUCUGAUGGUGGUUUGCUCCAUUUUUUCAUGAAAAUGUGUUUUAUGAUGGCAUCACCCAACUAUAUUUUCAUUGCAUAUGAUUUUUGUAAUGCUGCAUCUCGCCCUAUUUGUCUGUGCUUUUUGAUCAAGCUUUUGACCUUUGACUAUUA